AUGGCCGCGGACCCUACCCUCAGUGACCAUGACGCGAACGGCAACCUCUAUUCGCCUUUCUACGGGUAUCUUCCGACUGCAUGGGCCAGUAUCCUCUUUACGGCUCUCUUCCUUAUUACCACCUUGAUACACCUCACGCAAUCCGUUCGCUCCCGGCUGUGGUGGUUGCUUCCUACCGUUUGCCUUGCGGGCUUCGGUGAAGCUCUGGGCUGGGGUUGCCGUACCCUGUCGCACUACAAGCCUCUAGACGACAACGCCUACCUCAUCCAGAUCGUGGUGUUGAUCAUAUCGCCCACGCCCCUCAUCGGCGCGUUCUUCAUCACGUUCGGCCGCCUUUCCGCGCGCAUCGGAGAGCAAUAUAGUCGCAUCAGCCCGCGCCUUUACGGGCGCAUCUUCUUCACUGCGGACUUCGUCGCGUUGGUGGUUCAGUCAAUCGGCGGCGGGAUUGCUGCCACUGCUGAUCACAACCCGAGCACCUCCAAAUUGGGGAGUGACAUCAUGCUUGGAGGGAUCAUCUUCCAGCUAGUUUCGCUCACCGUCUUCUGCGUCCUCCUUGUCGAGUACAUUGUGCGCCGCAUCAGGGACAAGCCGCUCAAGCAAGUAUCGGCCUCUAAUGCCUACGGCCACGGUCACCAGUCCAGCGAAUCGAUGGGGUUCAUCGGCGGAUAUGGUCGUCCUCUUGAGCAGCCGCUGAUGUACCUCGCGUACGCGCUCUGCGCCGAGGCUGUAUUGCUUUACAUCCGAGGUGUCUACCGUGUGGUCGAACUUGCCGAUGGCUGGGAUGGGAAAGUCAUUCAGACACAGUCCCUUUUCUUCAUUUUCGACGCGGUCCCCGUGUUCACGACGAUGCUCAUUAUGAACGUCUUCCACCCUGGACGACUGCUUACCACCGAGGUGGUUUCUGGAGCCAUUCCGCUCGGCUCCAAGCUGUCUGUAUAAUGCGGGUGUGGGACUGGUAUUCACGACCAUGAUGAUCUAGAGGGCACGGGGGUCACGUUUUUACAUUUCACGGACAUGACAUGGACAUUUAUCGCAAGUUGUACACAUUAUUAAU